AUGUUGUACCACAGGGAGGCUCUUCGCUUCGCCCCCUGCCCUGCACUUUACUCGUCUUUUGUGUCUGCUCGUCUGUCCGCUUUGCGCACCUGUCUUUCUCUCCCUCCAUCACGUGUCAGGUCGGCCGCGGGGAGCAGGCUGACGGGCUUCCCAAUCAGCGAGCUGUACCAAGUACAGCACUACCUCGCCGCGGUGCAGCGACAACUCGUUGGAGCCAGUCCCAGCCCCGUGGACCGGCAAGACCAUGCGACUCCUGACGCGCAUGACAGCUCCGACCAGGCGAUUUUCGAAGAUAUGCUGAGCUUUCAAAGGGACCCCAUCCCGACCGCGCUCACGCGGCUCCCCACGGACCUGCAGGCGAAAGCUGUGUGCAUGUUCCAGGACAUUCUACACUACAUGGGGCUCAACGGCGCCCCUAUCACCGACGAACGCGAGCUGGUGCAGGCGCUGGUUCGCAUCCUCGAGAUGGUCCUUGGGAAGCCAGAGAUGCAGGAGGAGCUGUACGCGCAGCUGCACAAGCAAACGCGGAAUAACCACGACAGGGAGGCGUGUUUGAGGGUGUGGGAGGUGAUGCAUCUGUGCGCGUCGGUGGUGCCGCCGGGGGUGUAUCUCGGGACGCCUAUUAUCGAGUAUGUGCAAGAGAUCGCGAACGAUGGGGGGGUAGACGAGAAGGUGAAGUCGAAGGCGCUUGCCACGUGGAACGCGCUCAAGAAGGCGAUGAAGGUCGGGGCUAGGAAGACGGUUCCGACCGUUGAUGAGUUGCUCGCGCUAAAGACGGGCCGAGCGCUCAAGACGAUGGUGUAUUUCCUGGAUGACAGGUUCGAGGAGGCCGGGUACGAUGCGUCAACGACCGCAUCGGAGAUUCUGAAGAGUGCGGCGAGCAGUAUCAACCUGGAGAGGUUUGAGACGUUUGGGUUGUACGAGCACAGGAAGUACAUAACGUUCGCCAACAACGUGGAAAAAGUCUCCAGUGAGUCUCAGGCCCACAGCCGUUUUGGGAUAGGCAGAGACGACUACUUGGACAUUGACGAGAAUGCUUAUAUGGGGGACGUGAUGGCGAAACUGAUGAGCUUCAAGGAGGAGAGCAAGCGGGAGGUGCAACUGCGCCUCCUCUUCCGCAAAAAGUUCUUCCGGAAAAGCGAGGAGGCGAUCACGGAUGAAGUCUUCAUCCGCCUGUCCUAUCUGCAAGCGAAGCAGGACUAUGAGGAGGGAAACUACCCCGUGCUGAGGGAUGACUGUGGACUUCGACUCGCUGACCGAGCCGAUUGGCAAGCGGAGGUGGAGAAAAGAAUCCCCAAGCAGUUCCAGCCCUUGAGGCAGAAGGGAGAGUGGGGCGUGGAUGUCCUCACUCGCUAUAAGGCGCUGUCAAAACUGGUGCCUGAAGAUGCGAAGCAGGAAUUCCUGAAGAUAAUCCGAGCCCAACCAUACGUCGGGUCCGCCUUCUACCACGUGAGGCGCAUUGAAGACCCAAUUCGCGUGCUGCCAGAGCAAUUGCUUAUCGGCAUUAACAAGCGCGGGUUCGAGACCACGCAGGGCGCGGAGAUCUGCCUCGACAUCCGGACGCAAAUCAACAACGCCGAGACCCGCCGCUCGGCACGGGCCUUCGAGCAAUUUGAACAGGUAGAGACACUUGUGUCAGCGCCGGCAGCAGCAGAGGCGAAGCUGCAGCGCGAGCUGCAGGCAGGCAAGGCUUUUGAGGCGUCUCAAAGAUCUUCUCCUUUCCCCUGUGUGCUGGCACGCCUGUUCCCGCCGUCCCCCUUCACCCACCAGUUGAAGCAAGAAGUGGCAGCGCGGGCAGCAUCAGAGGCAAAGCUACAGGCCGAGCUGCAGGAGGCGCUGAGGCAGGGGGAGGUGGCGAACGAGGAGGCGGUGGAGGAGCGGGCCAGGCUGGCUGAGAAGCUACGGGUGAGAGGGACAGGGAAGGCAGAGGUGUGUGGGGAUUUCUGGGCAGCUUAG